CUAUCUCGAAACGGCAAUAAAAUGAAAUAAAGCAGAGCUGCGAAAAAAUUUUAUUUAACCGUGCAUCGUUUAGGUAGUACAAAAUAUCCAAAUUAAUAAAUUAGCGAAAUAUUUGAUGACGCUGACACUAUGUUUAAUAUUAUUUUUAUAGACUGAAUUAGAAAGCAAAUUUUAUAUUGAUGUUGACUUUUGACUGUGAGAAAUACAUUUCUGGUACAAUUGCUCUAGUGGUUUGUUGAACAAGAACAUAUUAAUAAUUCUUAGGUAUUUAUUUGUAAUAUCACAUGUGUAAAGUGGUCAAAACUAAAGUAAGAAAAGUUGAAAAUUACGUAGCACUCCAAUUAUUUGUCAGACCUAACCUGAAACUCAAUACUCUAAAACGGGAAGGAGAUGUCAGUUUAGCUAGUGUAAAUCAGUUAUAUUACGGAUCCUCUGAAUCUUCUUAAUUUUUGAUAUUAUUUACGUCUUUGCUGCGUGUUAAAAGAGGGAUGCCACGCAGCAAGCGUAGAGCGCCCUCUAGCACAAAUCAUCAUACAUCUAUUGAAAUGUCACCGAGUGCUCAUGAGGAGGGUAUACCAAGGCAUCCAUCAAAACGUUUAAGACAUACAUCUAGUGCAAGACGUUAUACAAAAACAGAAGAUGUCUCAAGUGUCUCAUCUUUUUCCCAGAAACGUUGUAUCACAUGGUUUAGAGAAUAUACAACACCUGAUGAUUCUGACACACUUGGUCCAGAAGGAAUGGAAAAAUUUUGUGAAGAUAUAGGUGUAGAACCUGAAAAUGUAGUUAUGCUUGUUCUUGCAUAUAAAAUGAAUGCCAGACAAAUGGGUUUCUUCACUCUAAGUGAAUGGUUAAAAGGCCUCUCGGAAUUACAGUGUGAUUCUAUUAGUAAAAUACAACAAAAACUUGAGUACCUAAGGAAUCAAUUAAAUGAUCCACAUACGUUUAAAGGAAUUUACAGAUAUGCUUAUGAUUUUGCUAGAGACAAAGAUCAAAGAAGUAUGGAUAUGGAAACUGCAAGAGUUAUGUUACAGUUGCUUUUAGGAAAACAUUGGCCACUGUUUACACAAUUUGCUCAGUUCCUAGAUCAGUCCAAGUACAAAGUUAUUAAUAAAGAUCAGUGGUGCAACAUUUUAGAGUUUUCUCGUACAAUUAAUCAUGACUUAUCUAAUUAUGACUUAGAUGGAGCAUGGCCAGUAAUGCUUGACGAAUUUGUUGAAUGGUUAAAAAUGCAGAGAGGUGAGGAAGCAGCAUCAACAGAAACUAGAGGCAGCUGAAACAUUUAAUAGUAAUAGUCCACUAAAAUGAAACAAACUCAUCUCUUCUGUCAUCGUAAUUUGUUAAUAACAAAAUUUCUGUUUAUAUCAUAACCUCGCAACAUUUCAGUUAUCAUCAUUCGUACUAUGUUUUUCUAUUAAUCAAUAAUAAAUGUAAGUAGUUUAUCUUAAUAUGAUUUUACACUAUGUUCUAAACACAUUGUGCUUAGAAAUUUUCUAGGUUAUUUUCAAUUAUUUAUCACCAUUCAUUAUUAAUCCAGAGUUUGUCGCAGAAACUCUUGUGAUUAAAAGUAAUACUAUUUUAAUGUAAGAUUUGCUUGUGCAAUUUAUGAGAUAUGAUUUCAAAUAUGGAAUCAAACAGAGUAGGAAAGUAUAAUAGCCCCUAACUGACAAAAUUGUAUAAUCAUAAAAAUCAUUUUUACUGUUUUAUUUUUAUAGAUUGAUGUGUAAUUAUGAAAGACUUUGUUUCAGUUGAUUUAGUUUGUUAUAAAUUAAACGCUAUAAAAUUUACAUACAGUUGUCAUAAACCUAUGAUCAAUAUGCUUUACAGUAUUUAAUUGAAUUUCAUAAAAAUUUUUACAAAGCUUCAACACAUGUAUUAUUAUUAUUACAAAACACUUAAUCACAAAUACUAUUGUGUAGAUUCAUGAAUUAAAUAAUAUGUAUACUAUAUAAGUGCUAUUACAAUGUUUAGUGUUUAAAAUACAAUAAGAUGCAUUGAUAUAUAUUACUUAGGCAACAUUAAAUAAUUGCUAUGAAUGCCAUAAUAUUCAUGUACAUUAGAAUAUCAAAUCUCGUAUUAAGGUAUUGUAACAUUUAUGAAAUAUAACUGAAAUUAAAUUUUUUUAAAAUACUGAUUUAAAAAUAAUACACUAUUUUCUUUACUAAAUAAUGAGUAAUAACACUUUUCUUAAAUUAAAAAAUGUUAUAAUAAAGAGUGUUUUAUUUAAUUUUUAUUUUAAUUAAUCCAAGGAAGUACGAAUUCAAAAGAAUUUCUGUUUAAAUUCUUCACAUAACUCACAUAUUAUCAUAAAAAUUUUUGCGACAACUCGCAAUGGAUUAAUGUGUGGUGAUUAUUGAAAUAAUUUUGUAAUAUAUUUUAGUUUAUUUGCUAAUUUUCAAUAAUUAGCUGAAUAUUUGGAUAUACAUUGAAAUUUUAAUGUUUAUAAAUAAAUUCUGUCAAAUAUAGGCAAUCACUGCAAUUACAAUUAAAAAUUAGUUCUGUUAUGUAAAAAUUCAUUUAUGUAUAUUGAUUUCUUCCAUAUGUACUACUUCUAUUAUAAAUAAUGAUAUCAUUAGCAAUAUAAUAUAAAAUUGAAUUUCAAAUUUCGCUCAUAACUUCCAAAUUAAUAGUAAUCUUCCAUUCGUGGAUGCAAAAUAUCUAAUGGAAAAUUAUAAACUCGUACGUAACAAAGGAAUUAGAGACAAAAAAAUAAAAUUAUUGUAUGUCACUGCAAUACAACUGCCAUGUGGAAAAUAUAAUGUAACGAAGGACACGAAAUAAAUAAAAUACUUUUUUCAAUAGUU